AAAAACGAACCCGUAAAAAGAAGUGGGCAUACUUGUGCACUGUGCUAAAGGUGUUGUACUUGGCGUGAAAUUCAAGCGAGUAUAUCGUAAUUUACCGUCAAAGGCCCUUUCAUUCACCUCCUCUACUGCAACCGGCGCAGGCCGCCGUGAAGAUGGCUCACGUACCGGCGUACGAUCCUUACUACGUAACUCAACCAGUAUAUGCGUACAAUAACGAGCAGAAUGAUAUAAAAACGCUGUUCGUCUCGGGACUUCCUGACGAUGUUAAAGCUCGUGAGAUUCACAACCUCUUCCGCCGGCGUCCUGGUUUUGAAUCGUGUCAGCUCAAGUACACCGGUCGAGGAAAUCAGGUUGUUGCCUUUGCUACUUUUAUUGAUCAUCCAUCAGCAAUGGCAGCCAUGCAUUCCCUGAAUGGUGUAAAAUUUGAUCCUCAAACUGGAUCCACUUUGCACAUUGAACCGGCAAGAUCAAACUCUAGAAGAAUACAAAUUCCAGGAAGAGGACCUUAUGUAGUUAUUGACAACAGAAAUAAGUUCAAUGAAGAUGCCGAAGGAGGCACAUCAAGCAAUGAAGGUGAUAUUGAUUCUGCUGAUGCUUCCGAGCCCGAGAAUCCUGAUUCUGGGACAAAGGAUGAUUCUUCAGAAGAGAAACGUGAGGAGAAAGUAGUGGAGCCUGACUACGCUUUGGCCCCGAAAAGUGAACAAAACGAGAAGACAACAGAUGGAGCACAACCAUGUUCCACUCUGUUUAUCGCCAAUCUUGGUCCAAAUUGCACUGAGGAUGAAUUGAAGCAAGUUAUUUCUCAGUAUCCUGGAUUUAACACCCUCAAGGUGCGUGCAAGAGGCGGGAUGCCUGUUGCUUUUGCUGAUUUUGAGGGCGUUGAGCAAGCAACUAAAGCACUGAAUGAACUUCAAGGAAGCACUCUACCAUCUUCUGAUCGGGGUGGCAUGCACAUAGAGUAUGCGAGAUCCAAAAUGAGGAAGCCAUAGAUA